AUGAAUAGUAAUAGCAAUCAAGUUAAAAGUGAUUAUAGAAGAAAGAGGCCACGUCCAAAAUCAAGAAAAUUUGCUUGUAGACAAAGCCGGAAAAGAAAACGUAUAGAAGAAAUUCAACUUCAAAACGAAGAAGAAGAAGCAACGGAAGUGAUAUUAGAAGAUCAUGGCAAAGCUGACGACAGAAACGACGAAGCACAUGAACAAGAAAUGGAGAUAUUAGAAGAACUGUACGUAGAAGUUGAAGUAUCAGAAGCUGAAGAACAAAUGGAAGCAGACAAUAAUAACGAUGAAGGAACGAUUCAUCCAAUAUCUCACAACAGUAUAAGCCAAACAAUGAAUGGGUUUCGAGGCAAAACUAAAGGGAGAGGAAGAAGAAUGAAAGAAACGCGUGCCCGCCCAGCACUACAACGCGAUGCCAUCGCGCCAAACGGACCACGAACUCGACUUAGAACUGACCGAGGUGGACCAACCAACGAAGCGGGCACUCUCAACAACCCGCAGCUGCCCGGAGCUCAGCAUCCGGCAGGCAAUGCCAACCAGCUUCAACGACACCAGGAGCCAGGGGCUGUAAACAACCCGCAGCUGCCAAAUGCUCAGCAACUAGAUGACAAUGUCAACCAGAUGCCAAGACAUCAGGAACCGGGGGCUGUUAACAACCCACAGCUGCCAAAUGCUCAGCAACUAGAUGACAAUGUCAACCAGAUGCCGAGACAUCAGGAACCAGGGGCUGUUAACAACCCACAGCUGCCAAAUGCUCAGCAACUAGCUAACAAUGUCAACCAGAUGCCGAGACAUCAGGAACCGGGGCUGUUAACAACCCACAGCUGCCAAAUGCUCAGCAACUAG